CCGACCCGGCGGCAGGUUGCGUGCCAGCUGACGGGGCCGAUGGAGUUCAACGCAUCCUACUUCCACGCGUUCGGCAACCCCGACUUCGCGGCGGUCUUUUCCGACGGCAGCGCGCAGGCCCUCCGGCCGAACCCCUCCGCCGGCGACGGCGAGGGAGCCAGCGUGAAGGCGGAGAAGGGAGCCGCGGUGGCUAGGCCCACCGCCAACCCCUCGUCCGUGACCUUUGUCGUCCCCGACGAGGAGCUGGGGGAGGCGCACCACUUCCUGAACGAGUGCUCCCGCUGCCACAAAGGCCUCACCGGCGACAUCUUCAUGUACAGAGGGGACACGCCAUUCUGCAGCGAGGAGUGUAGGAGGAAGCAAAUCGAGACGGAGAAGGCGAGACACCGGAGGAAGAAGCAAAACUCCCCCAAGGCGCAGGCGCAGGCGGCCGCGGCAGCGGCGGCGGAGAGAGAGAGCGCGCCCCAGGUGCGGCGGCCGCAGCCACAGUAGGGCUCCACCAUCAAUCAGGCCUUUGCCGUUGCACGGUUUCAGCAUGCAUGCGUGCCUGUAGAAGAGCGUGAG